UUGUUGCUCUUACACUGACAAACUGUAACCUCCCAAAAAAAAUUAUGGAGCUAUUAUAUUGGCACACCCUUGACCAAUCAUAUGGUAUCCAAUUAGCACCACUGAAAUUCGUUGCAUGGUGAAUGUUCCUAGUGAAAAGGUACCAUCAGUUUCCAAUGGUGAUAUGGCAUGUUACUUGAAAACUCUGGUGGCUCCCAAGGUUUUUCCUGAAGUGUACAAUUCCUUUAUAUCUGCAAUAGAGAAGAAGGGUAACAUAAGAAUAAUGCCGACUAAAAUCAUGGCUGCUGCUCCACACCUGACUCCUGGUGCGCUUUUGAUUGGAGAUGCACUCAACAUGCGGCACCCUAUAACCGGAGGGGGAAUGACUGUUGCUCUGUCUGAUGUUGUUAUACUUAGAGAUCUUCUAAGACCCUUGCAUGAUCUAUUCGAUGCAUUCACCAUUUCCAAAUAUCUCGAAUCUUUUUAUACUCUGAGGAAGCCAAUGUCAUCUACAAUAAAUAUACUGGCUAAUGUCCUACAGAAGGUAUUCAGUGCCUCAUCCAAUCCUGCAAUGGAGAAUAUGCAGCACCUUUCUCGGGUAUUUGAGACUUGGAGGGGUCUUUUCAUAUGGAAUAUCAGCAAUGCUAUUUGGUUUAUGCCCUCGUCCAUUAAGCAUAGCAUUUCAUUUCUUUUCCAUUGCAAUAUAUGGUAUCGGCCGAUUGUUACUUCCAUUUCCUUCUCCCAAACGCUUGUGGGUUGGGGCUGAAUUCCUUUGGGUCAGUAUAUUUACCAAACAUUUAUAUAUUAACAUGAUAUAAAUAUGUAAUAUCUUAAAUAUGAUUAUGAUAUAGGAUCAUAUUUGUAGCA